AUGCUCGCUACUUACAGUGCUAUACUUGGUUCCCUUUGGAUCUCUGGCCUUGUUUUCUACGCAGAUCCAGCAGAAGACUCAAUUCAAUACUUUCGAGAAGAAAUUAGUGUCAGAUAUAAAAGAAAUAUCGAAGAGCUACCGUCACUCAUCAUGAUGCCAUAUCAUCCAGUAGAUGGUUCUAUCAGGUGGAGUGCAUGGGGUCUCACCUUCAUUCAAACUAUAAUAUCAAGUGUGCAGUAUGGUGUUAUGAUAUUUUGUGGGUGGUCUAUGUAUACGAAAAUGGAUCAGACCAUCAAAACAAUGUCUAAAAACGCAAAACAAUUGCAUCAGCAACUAUUCAAAGUGUUGGUGAUUCAGCUAGCUGCGCCAACAAUAUUCCUACUCACUCCUCUAUCCUUCAUCAUCUACCUUCCAUUUUUCGAUCUUGAGUUGAGUAUCCCUACUGGUUCGCUGUUGUGCAGUUUUACUAUCUACGUUGCCAUCGACUCAAUUAUUGUGAUGACAGUGGUGACCGAAUACAGAAAGUCUACUAGAAAAUUGCUGCUGGAUUCACUCAUUAAACUGCAAAAGUGGUUGACUAGUGACAAUGGCGAAAAUGCACCAAAAACGACAACUUUUCGAAUGGAGCAGCUAGAUAAAAUUUAA